UGUUAAUGAACGCGACACUACACAUCUGUGAUGCCCAAGCACGAAUUCUGUAGGGUUGGUGGUAAAGCCCUUCACUUCGGAUUCUAAUCAGGGCGGGUAAAGAGAAGAUGCACUAAGUCGGACGCGACGGUGCAUGCCUGUAAUUUCAGACUCGAGAGCCCGAGGCAGGAGGAUUGCAAGUUCAAGUCCAACCUCAGCAAUUUAGCAUCAUGCUCCGCCCUCAGGAUUAGCCUCCACCCGAGUUGGAGGGGAAGAACGCACGACGACUUCAGAAGUCACCCCCCCAGGAGGGGUAAAAAUGAUCAAGCCCAGAGCAGUCUCCAGUCUGAGUCGGGGGAGAAACGACCGUAGCCCCCGGAGUACCUAUUCCGAAGCGUUGAGCCACAUUCCUGCUCUCAAAGUGGAUUUCUAGAAACAAAGACCCCAUAACUUUUCCGUGGGGCGGAAGAAGGCGCGCAACUGUCACCUAGUCCUAAGCAACACCAAGCAACCGCGCCGCGCUAAGCCGGCUAGGCUUUUUGGUCUCAGGCAAGGCAGCUCCUGGGGGCUCAGGGGCGCUGGGAACCGGUGCGCCCGACAGCGCCGGGACGCCCUUUGCAGCCGGCCCCUCCCCCUCCCCGCCGGUUUUGCACACGACGCUCGGCGGGCUGCUUCACACGGGGUGGCAAGAGACCGGGAUAAAGCCGGCGGGCGGGCGCGGAGCGCAGCGGCUGGCUCGGAGACGUGGAGAGCUGGCGCCCUGGGCGAGAGCGGCCGCUGCAGGGGACGGCGGGCGCGGCGGCAGGGACCUCGUGACAGGUGGCAGGGUGCGGUGCGGCCGAGACCUCCGCGCACAACUUCUAGAGCUCACGGCUUCAGGACCCAGUUCGGGGCGCGCGGGUUCCCAUGGAGGCCAUGGAGAAGCAGCACCUGUUGGACUGCAAGCGCGAAGUCCGGUCAUACUUAGGAUCUCUGUGGCAGGAUGGGACUGGCUGGAUCUCUCUCCCCCAGCCUGGGCUGAACUUGCAGGCUGUUGAGCUGGUCACCAGGAGCAACCAUUACUGCCAUGCCCAGAAGGAUCCUGACCUUCACUGUGACCCCAAGAAGGAGCGGGCCCGGCGCCAACUCUAUGUGGCCUCUGCCAUCUGCCUGGUGUUCAUGAUCGGAGAAAUCAUCGGUGGGUACCUGGCGCACAGCCUAGCCAUCAUGACAGAUGCAGCCCACCUGCUCACUGACUUUGCCAGCAUGCUCAUCAGUCUCUUUUCCCUCUGGAUGUCCUCCCGACCAGCCACCAAGACCAUGAACUUCGGCUGGCAACGAGCUGAGAUCCUGGGAGCCCUGCUGUCUGUGCUGUCCAUCUGGGUCGUGACGGGGGUGCUGGUGUACCUGGCUGCGGAGCGACUGGUCUCUGGGGACUACGAGAUCGAAGGGGGGACCAUGCUGAUCACGUCAGGUUGUGCUGUGGCCGUGAACAUCAUAAUGGGGUUGACACUUCACCAAUCUGGCUAUGGGCACAGUCACAGCCAUGGACACAGCCAUGACGACGCCAACCAGCAGCAAGAGAACCCCAGUGUCCGAGCCGCCUUCAUCCACGUGAUUGGGGACUUUUUGCAGAGCUUGGGUGUCCUGGUGGCAGCCUAUAUUUUAUACUUCAAGCCAGAGUACAAGUAUGUGGACCCCAUCUGCACCUUCCUCUUCUCCCUCCUGGUGCUGGGAACCACCUUGACCAUCCUGAGGGAUGUGAUCCUGGUGCUGAUGGAAGGGACGCCCAAGGGCGUGGACUUCACAGCUGUUCGGGACCUGCUGCUGUCCGUGGAGGGGGUAGAAGCCUUGCACAGCCUGCAUAUCUGGGCGCUGACUGUGACCCAGCCCGUGUUGUCUGUCCACAUUGCCAUUGCUCAGAACGCAGACGCCCAGGCUGUUCUGAAGGCGGCCAGCACCUGCCUCCAGGGGAAGUUCUACUUCCACACCAUGACCAUCCAGAUCGAGGAAUACUCUGAGGACAUGAAGGACUGUCAGGCGUGCCAAGGCCCCUCAGACUGACUGCCUAGCCAGGCACCAACGGAGCCAUGGCCAGGACCUGCAGGCGGCUGGACUGAGCGUCCCGCAGGCUCCACCAGGACUCUGCCUACCCCGCUGUGUUAUGCAGUAGGUUUGUAACACCUCUUUCUGCUCCUGGAGCCCUGCCUACUCCAGGGGUGGGCCUCUUCCUGGCCGCCCCUGUUUGACAACAGCAAGCCCGAGGGUGGGGACUCAGCAGGUGUAAAGCCAGUGUGACCCAACUCCUGCCCCCCCUGGGUCGGCUCCCGAGAGGCGCUAAGGCACAGCCUGGGACAGCAAAGGGGAGACUGGCCUCAAGGGGCCCUCAGUGACCUGCAUCUCCCACCUGCGUGAUUGACCUUUGCCUGUGAAUCUAUAAGAAGCCCUGGAACAGCGCCUCUACCUCUGCCAUCACAGUAUGGUUUAAGGCCAGGGGCAUGGGGGAGUUGUGAGGACUCCCUACACCCCUAAGAGUUCCCUGAGAGGGGAAGCCAGGGGCCACCUGAGGCCUGUCUGGGCCUUAGUCACUUGUGCUAUGGGCCAGUGUUUCCCUUCCUGGAGGGGCAGACUUCUUACUAGGUAAGAACCUGAUGGUUUUCUCUUUCCUUAUUUCCUAACCUGGGAAGCUGUGCCAACACAGAGAAGGCCUUGCCACAGGUGGGGGCGGGCCCUCACCUCCCCAGGGCCACUUCCCUGCCCUGAUAAGCAGGCUGUGCAAGGAUUGCCAACCCUGAGGUCAGAUUGAGCCAUCUCUGCUGCCCACAUGGCAUAGCCCAGGGGCCUGGCUUCCUGGGAUGUGUUGGCUUAUGUUUACAAGAUGUGAGAGGGAGACCCGUCCCCUCUCACAGAGUCCACACACUAGGGAACCUCAGGAUCUAAUGUCUACAGCUGCCAUGAUGAGUAGGUGACCUUGGCCAGUGGGCCUCUCAGUGCCUCUUAUCUGGGGACCAAGAAUGUAACACCCACCUCACAGGGGCUUGUUGUGAGGACAGCGUAGGCUGCCAAGCACCAGUGGUUGCUGGAGAGUGGUUCCUUUCAUCGUCCUGGAAAGAGGGGACUUGCUGCUGAGGUUGCCUGUGAGAAGCCACCUGGGCUUCCAGUCUCCCUGGGGGCAGCACGGAGCUCAGCUGUCCUGGCCAGGGGUGGGAGGAGGGGCUGGCCAAUUGCUUGUCCCUCUGAGCCUCUCCCCAUUAAUAAAAUGACUUCUUUGCACCUGCG